CCAGUCCCUCAACCAUGGGAUUCUUCCCUUUCUUACAAUUUUUCAUCCACCUCGUGUCUCUCUUUCUUCACCGCUCAACUCGCAAAUAUCACUUUCCGCCAGUGCCGCUCCUUCGGACUUCUCCUUGGAUAUUCAGAGGACUUUUUCAAUAUAGAAACCAACCUCACCCUCCUCACGGCUACGUUGUACGGGACGUGCAAUACAGUACCAAGUCCUGAGGAAUGUGUUCAAGUGGAAAAUUGGAUGAGUGCAAAUAUGGAUGACCCGGCGGUGUGCGCGAAGGACAAAGAUAACGAGAACUCCAUCGUGCUGGAGGCUAAAGGUGGAUUCGAUCAAUACUUGAUGAUGAGAGAAGUUGGAUGUUUGGUCAACAAUCAAACAAAUGCGUAUUGUUUUGCCGAAGCAGUGGCAAAUUCGUCUCCUUCCGAUGCCUACUACUAUAAUAUACCCCUUGGUUUACCUUUGCCCCCAACGACAGUACCUUCAUGCAAUACUUGCACCCGGGAAGUCAUGAAGAUCUACGCACGGUAUGCGGAAAAUUCGAUGUACGACGUCAGCAAAACGUACAGUAGCGCGGCAAACUUUAGCAAUACGAAGUGCGGACGAGGCUAUGUGCCUCAAGUUGACACACCGCUGAUGACGCACAAGUCGGGCACGAAUAGAAGAGCGAAUGGAACAGGGGGCUAUGGAUCGCCUUUUUCGUCUCAUUUCAUGUGUUCGCGGGAAGCUCGAUAUUGUCGAUCUUCUCAUAAAACGGCAGCCGGGAUUUGCGCCUUCAUGUCACUCUAUCUGUUCCCUCUCCCGUUCCCGCUCCGUCAAUGA